AUGGCUGGCAAAUCCUCCCACCCCAUUCACAUCCACCCGGUCCGACCGCUGUAUCGAUUCACUGCCACGGCAUUGGGCGCCAGCAUGUGGUUCUUCCUGAUGUACCGCGCGAAGAAGGACGGCGCUGUCCUCAUGGGCUGGAAGCACCCUUGGGACCACUAG